CUAAUACAACCACCUCCCACCCCUCCCUGAGUAUUAAUAGUUCGUCUUUCACCCCUCCAUUGGAGCCCAAUCCUGCCCUCCCUCAGUAUCAACAGUUUGCCUCCCACCCCUCCCUGAGUACUGAUAGAGUAUUCUACAGCCGCGAAAGAUACUGCAUCAACAGUAGAAGCCACAAAUACUGAGAUUGUGACUGUGGCAAACCAAUUCACCACAGCAAUACGAGAAGUCAUAACAACAUCGGACGCUACGGAACUUCCGCACACCCCAACUCGAGAAAUCACUGUUUUCCCAGAGGCAACCUCAGCCUUUACAACGGAACCAGAACCAGACGUUACAGCUCCUCCGGUUAUAACAACAGCACCAGAUGUCCAGCACCGAGGUUUGAAAUGUAAAUUUCUCUGAUGAUCUUUCUCACAAGUUUGCCAACCGCGGCAAGCAGCGUGAGAUUAGAAAAAGAAAAACGGGGACACCUCUAAGUUGUCAUGGAGAGUGUGUUGCAAAAUUCGUUUUUAAAGAUCUAUAUUCCUUUUCAAUAAAACCACAUUUAAAUACCCUAAGGGAACAUAGAGAUCGAUGAAAAGCUAUUUAGAAGUGGAAUUUAAAAAAAGGGUUGUCAAAACAUUGCUAUAUGUAUUUAAUUGUGGUCGUUUCUGUUUUGGACCAAUGAAAAAUAACUCGCAUGAAAACAAAUUCGUGUAAUGAUUAUUAGCAGUAAGUGCAAUAAAUAAUUGCUCUAACAUUUCAACAGAUGAACUGAAACCUAUUGUCAAAGAAAAAACCGUAAGAGAAGGCUCGAUAAAAGUCAUCAAAUGCAUAGCAACAGCAAUCCACAAACCUGACGUAGACUGGUACAGAAAUGGCAAGAAGUUGCCCACAAUGAAGUGUUCCGAGUUAAAUGACGUCAGAUGCCAGGGAAUUCCGUAUGAAGUUUAUGAAGAAAUUAAAGAACACAAGUUUGGAGGAAAGAGCGCUAGGACUAUAAAAGUUCUUAAAAUACGAAGUGCAUUAUACUCGAGAGAUCAAGGAGAAUUUGAAUGUAUUGCAACAAACGGUCACGCCCAACCUGCAAAAUUAAUCAUUGAUCUGAACGUCCUAGGUAUGUAUAAACUGAAAGCAGUAUUUAACUUUUGUAUUCGUACUCAAAAUUGUGUUACCUGACACCCAGGUCUUUGACUCAAUGAUCUGGAAGGUUGGCAAAAAUCAUGUUUGUUUUAUGUGCACACGUUUAUUUUUUCAUUACGCAUUUUUUUUGGUUUGACAAUGUUGAUGCAAAUGCAAUUUAUACCAUAUAAAUUUCUGUCUAAGUUUCUGUCCCAAGUAACCUUGUCACUGUUGAUAAGGACAGAUCCACAAAUAAAGUUAGAGCCUUCCUUAAGAUUUCAAAUGUUCAGGCAAAUGCGUGUUAAGGGUCUUUGACAAGACAGAUCACAAGAUGAUUUCAUUGUAUGUUAGAGGUAAUUCAAGUAAAACUUAUGCUGUAAUCACGGAAAAUGUAAAUGUGGAGAUCUCUUCGAUCACUGAUGAAGGCAAGCAUUUUAUAGUCGAGUCCCAAACCACCAUCGAAAUAUUAAACAGAUGUUUGAGCCAGUCCCUUUUGCUCUACAGGCUUCAGAUCUUCAGCAAGUCAUAUCGUUUUGGUUGCUUGCAUGGUGCAUACACGAUUGAGUUCGUUUUAUCAUAACUGCCUAUGAGGAAGGCCAAUAAGCAAUCUUUUCUCAUGGCCACCUCAAGGAAGGUAACGGUUUACGAGCUUACUUUUGUCCAAAAAGCUUUUCAGUUGCAUACCACUUACAAAUCAAUUUUUGUUUAUUGUCAACUUUUUCGCAGAACCAUUAUCUUUCCUCGUUAAACCAGACGUGAUUUUGCACGGAUACCAGGCCCAUAGUUUGACAUUAAACUGUUCCACUAACGACCGAAAUGCUACAGUAUCACUCUAUCACAGACACCGUCCCCUGGCACCUUUCAGGGAGCGAAAAAUCGACGCAAAGAAGGUUUUUUUAAAGGGUCAAGUAUUUACACUUCUAAAUUUAAGUCUAAAAGUUCAGGGAACAUACGCUUGUGAGGCCAAAACUGAGGAGAAUGAGAGCAUACGCUGGCCAUCUACAAGAGGUUACUUAAUCGUGAGCCAAGGUAAAGAGAAUUUGUAGAAUCUUUGCACUUGUUUUUGUUCAGCGGUACAGAUUUGUUUACAAAUUUUGAUUUUUUUUUAAAUUUAAGAGAGUUAUUUUCGGCACCACUAUUUCGUUUUAAUUAAUAAUUAGUAAAGUAUUAUAAGAAUAAAAACCCAUCAUAUCAGUAAAGCUGCCUCUCUAGGAUGCCGUGUCUCAAUCAGAGUUAUAAUGACGCACUUUACUUUUAAAUUCGCUUUAAGUGCAAUGCAAGUUUGUUUCCUACAAUGGACUAAAGGUGAAUCAUCUGCAAAAAUCUGAAUAAACUCUGGCAGUAACAGGCCACUACUCUCGUUCACUAAGAACAACUUUUGUUAGCCGCGUUGUAUUAAACUCAUAUUUAAAUUUGCAGCUCGAAUCCCCGACUACUUUGAAUUGAAACCAGCCAAUCCGAUCAUAGUGCCGAAAGGUGGAAGUACAAUUGUCACAUGCGAAUCAGAAGGAGUGUCAGAGAUUCAGCUUCAGAGGAAGAAAGGAGAUGUCAGUAAUGGUAACGCGUCAAUCCAGGACAGAAUGGUUGGUAUUGGUCCACCAACCGAGUGCAAGCUAUCCUCAGGAUUACGAACGCUCAAAUGGAGGACAGUGGAGUCUACCAGUGUGUGCUAAGGGUAUUUGAAAAGACGAGCAUGAAAUCUGUUGAGAUCACGGUUAGCCACAACUAAAAUGACCAAGUGACAGUAGCCGUCUUCUCAGCUCGUUUAGUCCAAAAUUCAGUUUCUUGGAGUUGUAGUGAUUUUUAAUAUCUAGUAUGGAUUAGCUCUAAAAUUCUGGUGGACAAAGUCCUAAGUUUGCUCUAAGUUCAAGGGAUCAACUACUUAGCUAGCUUAAUUCUUCGGCACGAGCGUUUUUUUGCCCGCGGGACAGGGAGAGGCCUGGAGCAACGCGAGCAGGCGAGAGGUCUGCAAGGGGUCUAGCGCUGAUAAUGAUUAUUAGUGCCAGACCCUCAGCGAACCUCUCCCCGACUGGUCGGGCGGAGAAACGCGCGCCCAGCCCACUAUUGAAGGCCGACUCACAAGGUAUUAUACACUAUGCCCCAAUAUUGUUGAUUAGUUCUCUGAUUAUCGUCGCUCUAGUGGAAGCGAUUUAGCAAGUUGUUCACGGAUCGAAUAAAACAGUUAAAAUAACAGCAAUUGGGCGUUGCCAAGUUGUAAGUCCAACUUAACCAUGUAAUGUUAAGUUUUUUAAAAUUCUUUAGUAUCAAAAUACUAAACUUAUAUCAAAAACUCGACGUAUCAGUGUCAUAUGACGCCAUUUUUAAGAGAAUGAUGAUUAUUCUAAGACAGCCAGGAGACCCAGUAGGGUUGAAGAAAUUCAUACCAUGAGGCAUUAAACAAAGACCUUGGCGCAACGUUACUUGAGGCUAACCAGCGUUUUAACAGCAUCUUUUUAACAAGGGAGUCAAACUUAUUCUCACUCACGGCAAUCAUGAAAAACUGAUUGAUUACGUUUGCAUGAUCAAAGCCGUCGCAGUCAUUCUCAUGACUCCAGAGAUGACGCAAUUAAACUGCUAUUGCCAUGACAAAAAAUACAUAAUCUAAACAUGUAACCAAAACUUCACAUCGGCACUGACCAGGGGUUAAAAAUAACCCUCAAUUUUAGCUCCAUUUUCUAGAAAAGUAGUUCUGUUUAAAAAUAUGGCUGAAAAUUUGGGACUUCAAAAGGAGUAGGAAUGGGUUGAAAGUGAAAGACACAUUGUUGUUGACAGUUGUGAUAAAACUCCAUGCGGAAAAUAAAGAGUGCUUUAAG